AUGGCGAUUCUCUACGCGGUGGUUGCUAGGGGGACGGUGGUGCUGGCGGAGUUCAGCGCCGUCACGGGGAACACGGGCGCGGUGGCGCGGCGUAUCAUGGAGAAGCUGCCAGCCGACGGCGAUACCAGGAUGUGCUUCUCGCAGGAUCGUUUCAUAUUCCACAUACUCAGAUCCGACGGCCUCAUCUUCCUCUGUAUGGCCAACGACGCGUUCGGCAGUACGUAUUCUGAUACUCUGGUUCCCUUCUUUCUGCUGCUGGUCUCAUUUGUUUUGUUUCUCUCAUUAGUAACCACGGUGAUUACUACAUAUCUAGUAAUCACCGUAAUCUGUCCUGAUAAUACAUUAAUUGUCCCAAUACAUCAAUUUAAAGAAUCACAACUUCCAAACAACCCUAACAGCCUGUUUGGAUAG